UUCCGGUUCGUAAAUUCGAAUCGUAGCAGCAAUGUUGUAAAUGUAAAUUAAAUUGUGUUUUUUGUUUGAAAAGUGAGGACAUUGAUAUUAGUGAUGCAGCCCGAAACUGAAAACGAAGAAUGUGUUAUAUUUCAGCAAUUGGACCUAUUUUCUCAAGGGUUUCCUAUUAUGGAAGAAAUUCGGCGGCAGGGUAAAUUAUGCGACGUGACGUUAAAGGUUGAUUCACAGUCCUACAGUGCCCACCGAAUUGUUCUUGCGGCUACUAUUCCCUAUUUCAAUGCGAUGUUUACACAUGAUAUGGUGGAAAGCAAGCAAAGAGAAAUAACUAUUCAAGGCAUUGACUCAUCGGCACUCGAGGCACUGGUUAAUUUUGCAUAUAGUGGAAGAGUUGUCAUUGACAGCAACAAUGUGCAGUCUUUAAUGGUUGGUGCAUCUUUCCUUGCCCUGCACAAAGUCAGAGAUGCAUGUGCUGACUUCUUAAAACGGCGGUUUCAUCCAAAUAAUGUUCUUGGUAUAAGAUCAUUUGCAGACACAUUAUGCUGCUCGCCACUUGUUGAAGCUGCAGACAAGUAUGUGCAACAGUAUUUCAAUGAUGUUUCUUUGUGUGAUGAAUUUCUAUCGUUAUCACAGAAUGAACUGAUUGAUAUUGUUAGAAGAGAUGAACUACAUGUUAUCUCAGAGGAACAGGUCUUUGAGGCUGUUAUGAGGUGGGUUAAGAGAGAUCCUGAAGGCCGCAAGAAAAAUUUGCCACAACUUCUUGCCAAAGUUCGUUUACCUCUUUUGCCUCCACACUACUUGGCUGACCGGGUGGCCACAGAAGAAUUAAUCAGAUCGUCUCAUGAAUGUCGUGAUCUUCUGGAUGAAGCAAGAGAUUAUCAUCUUAUGCCUGAGAGGAGAUCUCUUCUGCAAAGUUUUAGAAUAAAGCCACGUUGCUGCAACUAUGUUAUGGGCCACAUAUUUGCUGUUGGUGGUUUAACAAAAACAGGGGAUUCUCUAAGCACUGUCGAAGUAUUUGAUCCAAUUGUUGGCCGUUGGCAGCUAGCUGAAGCCAUGAGUAUGUUGCGUAGUAGAGUGGGUGUUGCUGUGAUGCGCAACAGGCUUUAUGCGUUUGGUGGGUACAAUGGCAGUGAACGAUUAUCCACUGUUGAAGUAUUUGAUCCGCAGAAACGUGUCUGGAAUAAAGUUUCACCAAUGCACUGCAGACGAAGUGCUGUUGGUGCAGCUGCAUUGAAUGACUGCUUAUAUGUUUGUGGAGGCUAUGAUGGUGUUACUUCACUGAAUACUGUGGAGUGUUAUUCCCCAGACAAAGAUGAGUGGACGAUGGUGCCAAAUAUGAUCAGACAUCGCAGUGCUGGUGGUGUAGUUGCAUUUGAGGGCUAUAUCUAUGCCCUUGGUGGUCAUGAUGGUCUCUCAAUAUUUGAUUCGGUGGAGAGGUACGAUCCACGAACUGGCCAGUGGACUUCUGUUUUACCAAUGCUUACAAGGCGUUGUCGGCUUGGAGUAGCAACACUAAAUGGAAAGCUUUAUGUGUGCGGUGGCUAUGAUGGCUCAACAUUUCUGCAGUCAGUGGAAAUGUAUGAUCCCAUUUUGAAUCAGUGGAAGUUUGUUGCACCAAUGAAUGUAAUGCGUAGUCGAGUUGCGUUGGUUGCGAACAUGGGUAAGCUGUGGGCAAUUGGAGGAUACGAUGGUGUUUCAAAUUUAUCUACAGUUGAAGUCUAUGACCCAAAUACAGAUUCAUGGUCAUUUGUAGCAUCAAUGUGUGCCCAUGAAGGAGGAGUCGGUGUGGGUGUCAUACCUAUAUGUAAAGACUGACAGCUGAGUGUCAAAAUUUACAGUUAAUUUGUUGAAAUGUUUAUUGUGGAUGGUGAUUGUGGCUUGGCUGACUUUUAUUUCAUCACACACGUUUCAUAACUGUUUUUUUGUAAAUAAUUUAUGUUCUUGUUGCAUUUUAUUUUUUGUUCUAUAUUUAAAGAAAUGUCAUUCUUGAUCUGAUAUGGAUAUUUGCUUUCACAGCGAACGAUCUCAGAUUUCAAAACUGUUAAGAACUAUAUCUGAAAUAAUAGUCCAGUGAUAAAAUGAAUAUGAUUGUCAUAUUUAAUUGGUUGAUAUGCCAAGAGAAUGAAUGUGAAACAAUUAAAAAUUGAGAUUAUUUUUAAAUGUUUGUUGUUAUUCUUAUUGCCAUGCAAAGUUUGCAUUUUUAAUGAUCAUAUUAUUAUCUACUUAAUAUUUUCUUCUUUUAAGUGGUACUGUGAUAAAACUAUAAAAACCACUCUAAUAGUAAAUUUUUAGCAGUUUUUUUAACUGCUACACUAAUAGUACUAAAGGAGGUCUUGAUUAUGGGAUUAUAGUUUGCAGAAUUAAAUUCAUUAAAAUGAUUUAAUUUCUUUGUAAUGGUAAGCUAUAGGGUAAUGUUGUAAAUUAUGCUACUAUUCACUGCUAAUAUGGAACUCAGACUUUCCUGACUUAGUUUUCUGGAAGAGUAUGCUGUUACGUGGCAUCAUUUCUCAUGUAUUGACAUAAGACCUGCAGAUUCAAGCUGUGGCCAGAAGAAAAUUUUGGCUCUUGUUCUUUACUAAAAUUGAUUAACUUCUGCUGUUUGCAGUUCCACCAUUUACAAGCAAACAUACAAACAAUUAUGAAAAAUAAAAAUAUGCCAUUAUCUGUUGUUUGUAAUUUUCAUUAAUGGGAUUAAGCCAAACUAACUGUACAAGCAGUCUGAUACAGUUGUCUUAUAACAGUCAAUCUGUCUGGUAGUAACAGAAGCACUGUGUUGAUAAUAAGCUGUGGUUCUGAGAUAAACUGUUCCUCUCUCAUGAAUUUAGUCAUCAUCAACACUAAUACUGGCCAUUUAUGAACCUCUCCAAUUCAGAAUUUCCUCAGCUGUCUCAUUACGCUUACAAUCACAGAAAUUUCAGUACCCCAAUUACAUUCACUUACCACAGCACAUCUUAAGGAGUAUGUUAAGAGAAAUCUGUCACAAUUAUUGAUAGCAUUAAUUAAUACCCUCCUCCAACCUCUCCCUCUCAGUGGGAGUGCCUGUGUGCAACUGUAUAUGCCCAAAUUUCUCUCUUUUUACUGCUUUUUGUAUUAUGAUUUGUUUUAUUCUUCCUUUGGAGUUUAUUGAACAUUUCUGUAAUAUCUUUGUACCUUUACAUUAAAUGGAGCACUAGUUGUACAGGCUCAUCGUUGAACUUUUAGUUUUUGUACUCAUCUUGUUCAUUAAGGCUGGUAAGUGAUGCUAAAGUAGAGGCUUCUCAAUUUUCUUUAAAGCUUCUUACAUACAAAAGCUUCUUCUCCUUAGUACACACCAAAUGAAACAAUCCUUUUAACUACUUCUCUACUGCUGGGUUCACAUGGCCAGGGUUUUUCAGUCGUCAUGCACAUAAAUUUGAAGAAUUGUGGCUCAACUUUGAUGCCCUGCAUAAGCAAUGAAGAAAUAUUUCAUUACCUUCCAGUAAUAUUAAGAAUGAACUGCCAGUUAGUGCUCCAAGAACUAAUUUUUCACAAAUAAUUCUGAGUAUCACAACAGUUUCCGUAAGUGACCACUUCUUAAUUAUAACCUUGUUUCAUGAAUGAUGGCGGUUCACAUAGGUCAAGGCACAGAUGAGUAUUCCAGUGUUGUCAGUUCCAAACAGCAUUUGCAGUACUCGCAUACACGUGCUUUGUACUUGAAGAAAGCAUGAAUCUUGCAAAUUAUGUCUCUCACUUGCUCGUGCAGACUUUCUCACUUAUGCAGACUUUCUCACUUAUGCAGACUUUCUCACUUAUGCAGACUUUCUCACUUAUGCAGACUUUCUCACUUAUGCAGACUUUCUCACUUAUGCAGACUUUCUCACUUAUGCAGACUUUCUCACUUAUGCAGACUUUCUCACUUAUGCAGACUUUCUCACUUAUGCAGACUUUCUCACUUAUGCAGACUUUCUCACUUAUGCAGACUUUCUCACUUAUGCAGACUUUCUCACUUAUGCAGACUUUCUCACUUAUGCAGACUUUCUCACUUGUUGCCAACAUCUGCAAUGACAGCUCGCAACAAAUGGAAUAAAAAUUCACUAAACAAUUCACUACGGUAACAUUUGAUGCUUGCAUUGCUUAGACAUUCACAGCAGAGUGCUCAGAACAACACUGUAUGUUCAUUGGCUGUUGGAGAAUACAUGAAGGAGAUGUGCAGAAAUAGCCUAAACUCAACUGCCAUCAUUUGUAAAGCCAUCUGUAGUUUCAUCAUUUGCAAACAGUGUUGAAAAACUAAAUAAAAGUGGUUCAGCAAACACACCAGAGGUGUGUUGAAUUUCUGAUGUUGAUUCCAUAAUAAUGGGCUAUAUCUGAGAAAAGUAAUCUUUUCAGUUGCAUAUUCCUCUGAAUAUUUUUGAGCACGCAAUUAUAUUAAAUAUUAAAGUUUCAAGGUCAGAAGAAAUCUGGAUGUCAAGGGGUACAGCACCUAUAAUACUGCUCUUAUCUGUAACCUUUCACAUGUUGUGUUUUUAUUAUGCAACAUGGAGCCAUUUGGAUUGAAGUGUAUAGUGUGUUCACAAGGAGAUGAAUGAAUUAUGAGGGGGAGGGGGGUGAGAGAGGGGUCAUGGGAAGCAAGCCCCACCCACCAACUCCCAGCAAUUGGCUGACAAGGGAGAGGGGUUGGGUGGCGGGAACAAGCCGCACUUACAUCUCACAGUGCUAACACUACACUUCUGCUCAUGUGUUAGUUUAUGCUCCAAGCGAUUGGACAGAAGCUCUUUAUUUUUGCUGUUCUGUCCCUUCCCCUUUUCAGAGGAGUGGAAAGAGUAUCUGGUGCUGCUCAUGAUGGGCCAAGAACCACUAAUCACUCUUUAAAAAAUCUAUUAAUUUGUAUGUAAUACAACACAGCACAACAAUCACUUUGCAAGGUUCUGUAUUAGAUUGCUGUGGCUGGACACGAAACAUGAGCAGGCCAAACUCAACCGAUUUCUGCCAAUUCAGAAGUGGGUAGUCCUCAUUCAUCUCUUUGUGAGCAAACUGUAUCAUUAAACUAUGCCCAGCUCUGUAUUCUGCAAGUCAUUUUGAAAUGUACGACUGAGAAAUAACUCCACUGUUACUGUGUUUAGAGUCAUGUGUCAGUUCCUGUUGUAAUGCUUGUAUGCUUGAACUAUAAUUUAAUUAUCCCCUUGUGUUCAUUAUUUGCAUGUAUGAUGUGAUGGCAGUUGGCAGCUGAGUAGCCUUACGUUACUUAUAAAUUAUUGAUUGUUAGAAUUUUUAAGGUAACAUAAUGUAAUAUUUAAUUUUAAUUUUCUGGUUCGCGUAUUGUCAUGAUUUUGAAGCUUUUGCACUUAUUGCAGUUUUCUCUGUACACCGUCUCUGAUAUACUGCAGUAACUGCACUCCUUUGUUUUCUUUUUACUGACUUUUAUCUUGAACUCCAGACAUUGGAAGGGAUGAGAAGAACACAUUUUGUUGCUCUUUCCUUCCGUUCCCUUCCUUAACAUACCUGAAAUUUUUGAAAAUAUUGUGCCUCUUAUUGAGUCACUGACUGUCACAGUCAUAAAGCAUCAUUUUAUGUAACCUGCUAUAGAUACCCAUAAGUGCAGAGCACUUUGGGCUGGAAUUACCGAGGCAUAAAUGGAAAACUGGUAAGUGCUUGAUUCUGUCCACAGUUUAUUGCUCCAUCUUCAAGAGAAACUGUGCUCUCCAUUUCUUGUUAUGGCAAUUAGUGCGUUCUGCAUCUGCUCUUUUCUUUAACCAGUGACAUUUCUUGACUAGCAUUGUAGUGCUUCCUUUAUAACAUGAUUAACAUGUAAAGGAACUGGCAGUGAUUCAGGCCUUAAAAAAUUGGAGGAGUUGGUAUGAUAUAGAGCUGAUGUGAUGUCAUUAUAAUUUUUUCAUUUGUCUUACCUAGAAUUAUUGGUAGGAAGAGGAUUUGUUAUUUCUAAGAAUGUCCACUAUUGUGAUUCAGGAGGGUAGUUUAGCAAUGUAAUGUUGAGACUCUUUGUAUGAUUUCCUGUAAUGUUAAGAACAUGGCUGUGAGUAGCUGCUUCAGUAAUUUUUAGUUAGUGCACAUUAUUUACCCUGUACAUGAAGCAGAUGUGAACUAAAAGAUCAUUUCUUUGAAAGGAUGCAAGUGUUUCAAUACUGUAUUAUAUGAAUGGUUCUUAAAAAGUGCAAUCUGUUUUUACCACUUUUGAUGUUAAAUAUUGGAAUACAAAUUUGUUUUAUCCUGUUCAUCAAGAAGCAUACUAAAUAUUGUAAGAAAAUUAUUUACCUUAGAACUGAAAAAAAAUGCUUUCUGUUGUAAAAACAAGAAAGAAUAUGAAAGAGGAAACAUUGAAAGACAAAUCAAAUGUAUUGUAAGCUGUCAGAAUUGUAAAUAUAUUUAUGUAAAUAAAAAUAUUAAAUGAA